AUGCCGGGCACAGAUCCCCCAGCCCGGAGCCGGCAGUGCAGCUCAGAGCCCUUCCGGUUUACAGCCGCGGAAAAACAACUCGGACCAGAUCGGGGAGGGGAAUGGGGGCUGGGCGGCCAAAAUUCACUCCAGGCAAAGCUUCAGGCUGAUCUGAAGGAUGAGGAAGCAGAAAAGAGACUAAAGACAGACGGACAGGAUGGCUGGGGACAACGACAGGGACCCAGUGAAAAUACGGGCAAUACCGAGGGCUGUAACCCUAACACGGGCAAAUUUGGAGGGGCUAACACGGGCAGAAACCAUCCGUACCAGUCACCACCACUGUCUCCAGCUGUCCCAGAACCGGACUCUUCCUGCCACCAAAAUGGCGGCGGCGACGGCAGCGGUGGUAGCACCUACGCUGGCGGUGACCAGGCGAAGGAAGUUGCUUCCGAGCGCGUCGAAACGAUGAUGCGCACGCGCAAAGUAGGCCUACGCGGAGCCGACCUGCCAUUGGGAUCCUGUCCGGAGUACAUCACCAUGUCUUCCAGGCUCCUCUGGACCGUGACCGUUUCUCAUACUUUCCUUGUUUUUGAUAACCUUAAUGGUCAAAUGUCCUUCAAUUGGGUUUUGCCUGUAUUUUUCUCAUGCAUUAACUGAGGUUAUGGGUUUUUCUUGAGUUAAGAGAAUCAGCUGCUUCCCCAAGGAGCCAAGGGUACUUUUAAUGGAAAAUGAUAUUAGAAAUCAAGAUUUGGACAUUUGGGAUGUUGUUGCUUCUAGACACUCUCAGCUGACAGAGCAAGGAAAUAUUUGUGCAUAUGCUGACCUGACUAAAUACGCAUAUCUGUAAGUAUUUAUGUAUGUAUCCAUCUGUAUCUUUGACAGCUACACAGGCGUUCUAGGUUCAAAUACGAGAGCUGUUAUCUUCAGUUCAAUUCCAGCACCAUAUGGAUCAUUGCAGCCUUCUCCCCUUGCUUGUCUGUAGCCUUCCACUCCAGUGUGAGACACCUGGCUCUCAUCAUCUGCCAUCCAUUUACCUAAUUGUUCAAUUCCAGGUUACAUGUAUAAUGGAUUCAGAACCGUCAACCUGUAUUCAGAGUACAUGUAUAGUUGUUUCUGAACUGUUACCAGGUAUACCUGUGAGAAACAGAUUUACCGAUUAGAGUACAAUGCUUAUGUAUAGUUCUUUUGCUUUUAAUCUUAUAGACUCCACUUAUUUUCAAAGUUACUGAAGUCAGCAGCCCUCCCUCCUACCUCUACCCAGCCUCAGUGAAGUUAUUUUAUAUGCUCGUAAUACAGUUGUAAUCUUUUGCCACAAUCUGCAUUACUCCUGGGAUUCUUUGAGUUCCUAAGAUUUUUUAAAAAAUCUUCCUCCGUUUAAGUUCUCUUUGUGCAAUCCUCAUAUUGCACAUUUAUUUUUUUCUUUUCCUGUACAUAAUAGCAGACAGCUGGUCAGUAGUGGGAUAGAAGUAAAAAUUUUUUUCACUUCAAAUUUUCUUUCUAUGGGGUUUGACAAAUCCAUACAUAGUGUCAUGGAUCCACCAUUAUUACAGUGUCAUACAGAAAAGUUGUAGUUCUAAAAAGAUCCCCUUUGUUUCAUCUAGUAGUAAACCCUCCCACCUUCCUAUACCUCUAGCAACCACUGAUGUGUUUACCAUCUCUAUAAUUUUGACUUUUCCAGAAUGACAUAGAAAUGGAAUAAUACAGCAUGUAGCAUUUUCAGACUCAUUUUCUUCACAUAGUAAUAGCUGCAUUUAAGAUUCAUCCAUGUUUUUGUGUGGCAUAACAGUUCAUUCCUGUCUUUUUAUGGAUUCUUUUUUAAGACAGGGUCUGAUAGCUCUGUUGCCCAGGCUGCAGUCCAGUGGCACGAUCAUAGCUCACUGUAACCUCAAAUUCCUGGGCUCAAGCAAUCCUCCUGCCUCAGCUUCCCACGUAGCUGGGACUACAGGUGCACACCAUCAUGCUUCACUAAUUGUAAAAACUUUUUUGUAGAGAAGGGGGCCUCAAACUUCUGGCCUCAAGGGAUCCUCCCACGUCAGCUCACAAAGCAUUAGUAUUACAGGUAUGAGCCUCCAUGCCUGGUCUUUAUUUCUGUCUUUUUGAUCCCUGAAUAGUAUUCUAAUGUAUAGAUGUACCACCAUUUAUACUUAUUAAAGAACAUUGUGAUUCUUCCAGUUUUUGACAAUUGUGAAUAAAGCUGGUAUUAAGUAUUUAAGUGCAGGUUUUUCUGUGAACAUGUUUCAAGUCAGUUGAGUAAAUAUCUAGAAGCACAAUUGCUGGCAAUUGUAUUUUUAUAAGACAUGUGAAAAUAGUUCUGCUAGGUUAUUUGAGCAUCUUCCCCACAAUCAUAUUUAUAGUUAAUUUAAGAAAUGCUCUUCUAUGUUGAUAACAUAGAGCAAACUUCAUUCCACUCCUGUCCGAUUACUACAAAUUGGUAAUGUCCAAAUUAGUAGGCUUUACGAAUCACAGGCUGACACUCCUGCAGCUGUUCAAAUCAAUGAAUACUCAAUCACAGAUAAAGGAGAAUAUCUUGGAAUGUCUUUGUUAAGGAUAUCCAGGGAAGGAAUUCUAGGACUUUCCUUGGAAACCAUCUGAUAUCUCAAAAAACCUUAAUCUUAGGAAAUUAUCCCUGCCCCAGAAUUCUCAUGUUGUACAUUUAUUUCCUCUUUUCCUAUACAUAGUAGGAGACAGCUGGUCAGUAGUGGGAUGGAAGUCAAAAAUUUUGACUUCAAAUUGUCUUUUUCUUUAAUUGAUGCUUUUUUAUGCUGGGAAUUUGUUGCUCCAAAAGUGGGCCAAUUACUAAAGUCAUCAGACUGUCUUUCAAUUUCUGAGAUGUGAAAUUGAAAGAGAGCUGCAUAUUUUCUUACAGAAAAUGCUAGAUAUAAGGCACAACCAAGGAAGGGGUGGGAGCUCUCUUUCUCUGUUGUGACUUCGUGAUUCCUAGUGAAAGUCUGUGGGUGUCAAGUUGUUUAGUGAUGAAGAGAGCAGAAAAGUGCCAAAGAAGCUGGUGAUUUGAGACCUUUACUUUGCAAACAUUAGUGAUAGGAAACUAGACUUGAGGAGAGAAUUCUAGAUUAUCCUUCCAAACUAAGUAUGUCCAGGAGUUACCAGCCUGAAGACCUCUACCACCACUACUGAUGCUAUUCUAUAAAGGCAGAAUGUUGUAUGUAAUGGUACAGGUAUAGACUAACACCAUAUGGCCCUGAUUGGAUUCUUGAAUCUGACAUUGCUAGCUAAGUCAUUGUCUUAGUCUAUUUUAUAUUGUUAUAAAAUAACAACAUAAUCCCACAGACUGACUAAUUUAUAAAGAAAUUUAUUUAGGUCAUGGUUAUGGAGCUGGAAGUCCAACAGUAUAUGCUAGAAUCUUCUGAGGGCCCGUGUGCUUCAUCAUCUUGUGGCCAGAAGAAAUGUAGGGGGUUGAGAACAUUUCAGGCAAAGGAAGCAACAUGAAUAGAGGAAUAGAAUCCAAAAGACUGUGGGCAGUUUGAGAGAUCCACAACUAGUUCAAGGAAUUGAGUUGGAGGUAGAUGGGGAUCAGAUCAUAAUUGGUCUUCAGUGCAAUACUAAGGCGGAUGUAAUCCUGGAAGCAAUGAAAAGUAAGUGGGCAGAUUUAAGCAGUCAUGCCAUUAUCAGAUUUGUGUCUUGGGAAGAUCUUCUGGCUACAGCACAGAGAAUAGAUUGGAAGGGUGUUGGGCUGCAAUUGGAUCAAGCAGUUAGGAGACUCUUGUAGUAUCCAUGAGGAAGAACACAAAGAGCCUGAACUAAGGGAAGGGGAGCGUUAAGGAAUCAACAUGACAUAGCUAUCCAUGGGUUGCUGAUGAGGAAAAGAGGACAAGUUGAAUCUUCAACUUCUAAAUUUUUGAUUCAGGAUAUUUGGCGAAUGGGGUUCCUUUUACUGAGAUUGGGAAUCCAGUAAAAAGUGGAUAUUUGUAUAAUAUAUCCUACGUGGCAGGCACUUGGAUAGGCAUUUUUUCAAUAUCUAUUUUAACCCUCAAUAAUGCAGAAAAUUGAGGUAUUAUUAUCUUCAUAUCAUAAAUGAAAAAAUGAAAGCAAAAAGAGGAAAUAUAUUACUGAAGCUUCUGGGGCUGGAUUUAAAUCUGGAUCUGUUUGGUUUAAAACUAGUAUUCCCUUUUUCAUAGGAUACUUCCUCCCAAGAGGAAAGCAAAUUUAAGGAGAAUGAUAAUAUGCUUAGUUUGAAUUUUGAAUUUUAAUUUAAGAUGCCUGAGAGCAUUCAUGUGGGUUUUUGUCCAAGAAGUCAUUUGAAAGGUCUAUUGCUCAAGAAAGUGGCUUGUCUGAGAGAUCAAGAUAUGAGAUUUUUUUUUUUUGACAGAGUCUUGCUCUGACACCCAGGCUGGAGUGCACUGAAGUGAUCUCUGCUCACUGCAACAUCUGCCUCCCAGGUUCAAGCGAUUCUUCUGCUUCAACUUCCCGAUUAUCUGGGAUUACAGGCAUGUGCCACCAUGCUGGGGCUAAUUUUUGUAUCUUUAGUAGAGACCAGUUUCACCAUGUUGGCCAAGCUGGUCUCAAACUCCUGACUUCAAGUGAUCUGCCAACCUUGGCCUCCCAAAGUGCUGAGAUUACAGGUGUGAGCCACCAUGCCCAGCCAAAAUUUGAGAGUUUUUAACAAAGAGUUAAAGCCAUUGGAACCCCUUGAACUGGAGUACAAUGAUGGGCUUUGCAGAGAGUGAAGAAGAUUUGUGAAAUUUCCUGAAAAUGCAUGUAAAUUCCUGAAUAUUUAUCAGUAGGUUCUGUUUCCCCUUCAAGGGAGCUGAGCUUCUUUAGGUGUUUGAAGGAGUCUGUGCCUCUGAAAAGAUCAAGGGCCACUAGUGGAGAGUAUAAAAGAAAAAGGGCAAAAGUCAGAGCUCUAGGAAGUAUCAAUUAAAGGAGUAACC